CGCUGUCAGUCUCGGCGCGGCAGCCGGGGCAGCGCGGCGGGGCGGGUGCUGCCGCUCGGCAGCAUGGAGGCAGCGCGGGACGGCAAGGCGGGCAGCGGCCCCAACGGCCUUGCGGAGGGCCCGGCGGCGGAGCCCGGCGCGGGGCGGCUGCGGGGCUGCCGCGGCUUCCUGCGGCGCAACGCGCUGGUGGUGCUGACGGUGUCCGGCGUGGUGGCCGGCGUGGCGCUGGGCGCCGCGGUGCGCGGAGCGGCGCUGAGCCCAGCGCAGGUGGCCUACCUGGCCUUCCCCGGGGAGCUGCUGCUGCGGAUGCUGCGCAUGGUGAUCCUGCCGCUGGUGGUCUGCAGCCUGGUGUCGGGAGCCGCCAGCCUGGACACCCGCUCGCUCGGCCGCCUGGGAGGCAUCGCCAUCGCUUAUUUCCUAGGGACCACGCUGCUGGCGUCUGGCCUCGCCGUCGCACUCGGUUUCAUCAUCCGUCCCGGCGCCGGCGCCUCCGGCAUUAACGCCCCCAGGCUGGGGCUGGCGGCCCCCGUGCCCACCAGCAAGGAGACGGUGGACUCCUUCCUCGACCUCAUCAGAAACCUGUUUCCUGCAAAUCUUGUUGCCGCAGCUUUCCAAACGUAUGCGACAGACUACAGGAUGCUGCCCAGAAACACUACCUCUGGAAAUGUCACGUGGGAAAAGAUCCCUGUCGGUACCGAGAUCGAAGGGAUGAAUAUCCUGGGGCUGGUGCUGUUUGCUCUGGUUUUAGGAGUGGCACUGAAAAAGCUUGGCCAGGAAGGGGAAGAUCUGAUUCGCUUCUUUAAUUCUUUCAAUGAGGCAACUAUGGUCUUGGUUUCCUGGAUUAUGUGGUAUGUACCUAUUGGCAUCAUGUUCCUUGUUGGGAGCAAGAUUGUUGAAAUGGAAGAUAUUGUGGUUCUGGUGACCAGUUUGGGAAAGUACAUCUUCGCCUCUAUUCUGGGCCACUUCAUCCAUGGAGGAAUCAUUCUGCCACUUAUUUAUUUUGCAUCCACACGUCAAAAUCCAUAUCGUUUUCUCUUAGGACUUAUUACACCAUUCGCCACUGCUUUUGCCACUUGCUCCAGCUCAGCCACUCUCCCGUCAAUGAUCAAAUGUAUUGAGGAGAACAAUGGAGUCGACAAGAGGAUCAGCAGGUUUAUCCUUCCUAUUGGAGCAACUGUAAACAUGGAUGGAGCUGCUAUUUUUCAGUGCAUGGCAACUGUGUUUAUUGCUCAGCUGAACAAUGUGGACCUCAACCCUGGGCAAAUCUUCACAAUUCUUGUCACAGCUACUGCAUCCAGUGUGGGUGCAGCCGGGAUCCCAGCCGGAGGAGUCCUCACCAUCGCCAUCAUCUUGGAGGCUAUUGGACUUCCGACCAACGAUCUCUCCUUGAUAUUAGCGGUGGACUGGAUUGUGGACCGAACCACCACAGUUGUGAAUGUGGAAGGGGAUGCCCUGGGAGCAGGCAUCCUCAAUUACCUGAAUGAAAAGGAAAAGAAAGACAAAGAGCAGGAGCUAAAGGAAGUCAACGUGGAAGCAGUUGCUAACAGCAAGUCUGAAGCGGAAACAUCGCCUUUGGUAACCCACAAAAACCAAGUCUCCAACACGAGCAGUACAGCAGACCCUGAAUCCAAGGAAUCAGUAUUGUGAACUAGAGGCCAUUCAUCAACACGUGUCCUAGAGGUGGACCAGGGACUUGCUAAUGCACCUAGACCUUUGCAAUGCUAACAAGGGCUGAAUGGCUCUUGAAAGUUUUCAGUUCCAGUCUGUUUUGAGAUAUGCUGGCCUAGGGAAGGGGAGGGAGGUGGGGUGGGCAGAGAAGGGGUGCUGAGAAAGAACACUCCCUUUAUAGUAGUAUUUUGAUAACUCAUGUGUGUACAUGUAUAUGUGCUGCACGCGCACACACAUAUACAUGUAUGUGGAAACUGCUGUGGAAACUGCCAUUGAAACUUCUGGUUUAACAAGACUGCUCUUAGUAAAGGCUCAUAUGGGUUGGAGGUGGGGAAGUAGACAAACCCAGUAUGUGCUUAUGAUAGGGAAAAAUUAGUAAGCUUAUUGUGCUGCUGUUUGAAUGGAGAUGCAGACUAGAAACUCCAGAGUGGGGGAAAAUGUUGCUUACAUUUAGUUUCUGCCCUGGAAACUCUUAUUGACCGUUACAGAGACAAUAUGAAGCAACAUUUUUCUCCUACUCCUCUUCCUCUCCUGUUCUCCAAUCCCUUAAAAAUGUCAAAUAUGUCCUCAAAACUAGCCUUUUUUUUCUUUUUUUUUCCCAUAUCUGAAUUAAUGGCUUGUUCCAUUCCCCCCCUGCAUUGCAGCUCAUAGCAGCUUUUCUGCCUUUUGGUAAUUCCCAGACUUUGGGACCAAACAUAGGAGAUCUUCAUACAGAUCGAGGACUGGUUUUCUCCUUUCCUCUAACCAAGCUGUUAAGGAAAAAAAUCCAGAGGAAACACAAAUUUUGUUAAAGUAAUCCCUCUGGGGCUGAAAGAAAUGUAGAGUCUGUUCCAGCAUAAAUAGAUCUGAAAGAAGCUUGCCUGUGACAACAUCAAGAAAUCAAGAAGUCAGUUCCCUUCAUGAAAACUCCUUUGCUAGCACGCUAUGUCUUGUUCAUGUUUAUUUAAUGGGUCAGUCCAAACAAGUUAAGUCAUAUCCCUCUUCCAGCAAAACUGAACAGGGGAGGAAGAAAAACUGAGCACACAUCAUGCGGGAACUGAUGACAGGCAAGUCUGAGUGUUGGCUGGAAAGGGGAAGAGGUGAGUUUAUAACCCCAUGUAGUUCAGUGAUGUGUGUGUUGGGGCAGCUGCAUACCUGUUUCAGGAGUCUGGUCCUUCUAUAAAUGUUUUUCUGGCAGCAGCUUAACAUUUAGUACUUCUGGGUGGUGCUGGGCCAGGGUAACACGUAGUGGCAGAUGGUAACCUUUGCUUGAGGCUGAGCAAAAUGCUUCUGGAUUCUGACUCCAUCUUUUUUCCUUUACAACGUACUUCCUGAAUUUGCAGCCCAAACCUGAACAGAGUCCAGCAAAACUCGUUGCAAAAAUCCUAUUGAUUUAUCUUGGCCUUUUGGACAGCAAAUAGUUAUAAACUUAUACCUGUGCAUAUGCCAAGAUUUGCCUGGACUUGCGACACUUCCCCUUGGCUACUUUAGCAAGAUGACUGCAUAUAGCCAGUCUCCACACUGUUAAUUCAGCAAUAUAUAUUUACACUUAGCUUUCAUAUAAAAUAAUGCUGAGUCUCCCUUUUUCUUUCUCCUCUCUUGCUUCAGAGGAAGCUAUCUUGGAAAGAUACCCAGUUGCUGAUGUUUAUGUUCACAGCACUAGGAAAAGGCAGCUUCAGUUUCAUGCACUUCAUUUGCAAAGCAUCCUUCUUGGUAAAGGGACACAAUGAGUGUUGCAAAAAGAUGCUCAGAACGAGAUGUGGCUACCUCUGAGGGAAAACAUAUAGUGAGUGUGUCAAACUUGGCUCUCCAAUCAUGGGCAGCAGGGCUAUGCAAACAAUGAAGUAGGAAAGGAUUAGUCAGUCCCCUGAGCAACUGCAGGUGGACUUUCUUUUUAACCAGUUUAUUUAUAACCAUGUCCAUACAAAAUUUGGUCAUUCCUUGGCUCCUCUUCAAAAUGGAAGGAGACAAACACAAUUUUCUCUAGGGACAUCCCUUGCCCAGUAUUUAUUAUUCCAUUUUUAGCAGAUCAAGACUCGCUGAAACUUUACAUUUCCUCCCAUUAGAUUCAUCCCACCUCCUUUCAACUCAGGAAACCAAAAGCGUGCUUUGUAGCUGACAGUGAAAGUCAACAAAUAAGAGGUGUUUUGAGAAAUGUUGGAGGUUUGAAAUAAUUGUUCCCAACAAACUUUUUUUUUUUUUUUAAAAACCGAGUAUUUCUUUGAAAAAUCUGAAUGCACCAGAACCCCAAAUACUCUGAUUUUAAAGUAGUAUAUGUCUGUCUCAAGGAAGCUGAAAAUCAUGACUGUUCUUUGUGGGCUGGGGUUCUGUAGUUGCAUUUUAUCCCCCACGAGAGGUUAGCUCCUCUGAUGCUCUUGCUCACCAUGACACAUGCAGCUGGGAUGAGGACGUGAGAGCAGGCAGCACUUGCAUGACAGUUCCCAUGGAGCGUCACAGCACCAUUGUAGACUAGAAUAUUUCCCAAGUUUUAUUGUGGGCUGUUACUGCCCACAAUUAGAAGUACUCUCCUGAGCAAGUCCAAAGGCUGGGCUUCCUCACAGGCAGCACCUUGCCAUUGCUGUGUGGAUCUUUGUUCCUUGCGGUGCUGCAGCUUGAUUGCGCCUCACUUGUAAUAGUGUGCCAUAGGCUGUAGCACAUUCCUUCAUCAUGGAGUCAUCAUAGAAUAGUUUGGGUUGGAAGGAACCUUAUGAUCAUCUAAUUCCAACCCCCCUGCCACAGGCAGGGAUGCCUCACACUAGACCAUGUCACCCUUGUCCUUCUGACAGUAGAUCCUAGGAAAUGGUAAAUUAAAGCCAAUACAUGAGAGUCAUUGUAGUAUUUUCCAAUAGCAAAGCAGAAUCUCAGAGUCUUUGCUGAAGAAUGCCUCUCCCGGUCCCUACUAGUGGAUUGCCACAUUUUGCAUUGAUGCGAAUGUUUAGUCCCAUGUAAAGCUUGUUAGAGCAGUCAGAUUUAAGGAGGUCAAAUCAUUCUCAUAGCAGGACUUUAACCAAGGAAAUCUAACACUCCUUCUCCUGGAAACAGGUGCUGUAGGGUUUAUAUGAAUCAUUAGUAUUUGGGUUUUAACUUGGCAGGAAUCUGUAUUCUUACAGAAGCCCUACUUUAGACUUACAAAGGUGCCAGAUCUGUUCUUGCACAGCAAGAGGGAUCUAUGGAAGCAGGAGUGCUGGGUAGCUACUGUCAGAAGAUCUUGGUCUUUUCUGUGUCAUCUGUGUCAGAAAUUGCAUUUCGUGUUUUUCUGUGAUGUUCCCAUUCCUCAUGAUAGCCAUGCCGCAUCUCCUAGGGCUUUCCAUCCGGUUUCACAUAUUUUCUCUUAAGGUACAGAUGUGAAAUAUCCAACAUUACACUCCAUUGGACUGUAAGAUAUUUGACACAUUCCAACAACUGCCCUUGUAACGAUGUGAAUCCUGAUUGAAAGCCUAAUGAGAUAGAAGACUUGCCAUGUCCUCCAAGCGGUCAAGGUCUUCAGGUAAGGCCGCUGGGAGAGAAAUGAAAGGGCUGUUGAAGGACUUGCAUUUUAGAUGCUGUCCUUGACCUGCAGUGCAAUGUGUUACACUGGGAUCUUCCUAUUUCAGCCUCGCUCCAGAGGCUGAGCUCAGAAGGUGCUCGGCAGCGGUGCAGGUACAGCCGGUAGUACCUGCUCUGCUCUCACCAGGCACUCCAGAGUUUGGUGCUGGUGUGGUACUUCACUCCAAUGCCUCUCAACCGGACGUGUGUUUGUGUUCUCCCAACGUGACUGUAAAGUGGAAACCUUUAGUCAGUUGCUUUUUUUCUUUCAAGAGGAAAUAAAUUCCAUCUAGAAAAUCACUAAUUUUUUUCUUUUUGGUUUUAGUCUCUUUCUUUAAGUUACAAAUUCUCUCCUUAGGAAAGCAGGCUCAAACAGCUCGGGUCCUACCCUCUAGUACAGCAAUUGCUUUUGGGGAGAAAGAUACGGGAAUAUGGAAGAGACAAGUCUGCAAACCUUUGGUAUAUGCACUCCCAUUUUGUCUAUGAUGCCAUUUAUUCUUCCACUUUUACCUUAUCUUUUUCACUGAAGUUUAUUUUGAUUAUUUUGGACCAUCUUUUAUUUCUUCUCCAGGAUUGGCUUUCCACUCCAUGCUUUACCCGUCAUUGCCUGAUCUCAUCUCAUUUCCUGGAAUGCCCUAUGAUGGUUUUAGGUACAGGGUGCUCAGGUAUAAAUGGGAGAGUGGACUAAGCUUUGAGGGCUCCAGCUGGUCUUUGGAAAAGUAGUUUGCAUUCUGCAUUGCUAUAUUGUGCUUGAUAUUUUCAGUAAAAACCCAUUAUUCCUAGGAACCAAGCUUCAGCUGGGUCUCGAUGGUGCAUUGGUAAUUACGCUACAAGAUGCGGUAAUUACAAAGGGCUUUAAACCCUUCUGGGGAUGUCUCUUGCAAUCAGGGUGGCUUUUGUGUUGAGAACAGACUAGGGCCAAGCCCAGAGCUUCCCCUGCAGGGAUGUGACAAACGACUGUGUCCUUUGGACAUAACAGAAAUGUGGAGCCAGCCAAAGUGCCACAUGAGCUGGUGAGAUAACCUCUGCUUUGUCUUUUCUGGGCAGCCGUGUUACUGUCUGAAGAGGUUGCAGGGACACUAUGAAGGGCAGGAAGGUUUCAUAUGUGCUUGCUCUGUUCCUAUACUCUUCCCUGGGCAUUUGCUGUGGCCAGUGCCAGAGAUGGAUGUGACUCAGUGUCACCAUUCUUAGACUCAUUCUGCUGUGGUUCCUCUGUAUUUACAGCAAGAAUAAUGAAGACAGAUGUUUAGGCAGUUCCUCUUUCAGUCGAGUCAAAGGCCCUGGUAUCUUUGUGAUCGGCCACCCUGCCGUAUGUUGUAGGCUAUGGCCUCAAGUGCUUUUAAAAGGUACAAACCCACCUCCUUUUUCUGCAGAGAUUUGCAGUCCCCUAUCCUGAAUCUUCACUCUGCUCCUCUGCUAGCACAGUGCAUUUCGGCAGCCACUGGAAAGCACCUCCUGUUGGGAAUCAUAAUUUUUAAUCUGACCCUCCCACAGGCAGUGGGCAGUGGGCCUCAGGUAAGAAGUCAAAGGACCAAAAGACAAGACAUUAAGUUUACAGAUACUUACCUGUGUCUCACAGGCAGUAGUGUGGAGGAUCGUGAGUCGCAGUGUUUGGAGAGCACUCUUAAGACCGAGAGCACUAAAUCUGAAAUAAUAAUGAACUUUUCAAAACUCUGAAAGGAAUCAAAUGAUUAAAAGUAUGCAUCAUGAAGUCAGGAUUGCAUUGUGCUGCAGUAUGAAGGACUCUGAUGGAAAGCAGAUCCAGUGUGUGCAUUUGCUGGGCAAACUCAGGGGAGCUAGUGUGAGUGUGAAUUGCAUUUCAAAAGGUGGCUGUGGUUUAGUCAACAGGGCACAGUGCCCUGUAUAUCUGCCUCCAUCCAUCUCCACCUGGCAUGCCAUGAAAGUUUAGGUUCAGGUAAAUUAACAGACCUCACCAUGAAUUCAACGUCUGAAUUAGGAGUCUUGUCAGCUUAGUUUCUCUCUAGUUUCAGUGGAAGAAAAUGCUUUUCAACUAAAAGAAUAAGUUGUCUUGUUGACAGUAUCA